AAUACAAUUGACAUUCAUUUAUACCAUUGAUUUGAUUGAUAUUAUUGCUUAAGAUUAUCAUUGGAUUCAAUUAUGAAAUAAAAUAAUAACUCAUUUAAGACAUCUUAAGAGAUAAUGUCGUCUUCAGCUCAAUCAUCGCCUAUAAGAGUUGGAUCUGUUUAUGGAAAGUCAGGUUUGGUAUCGACAGCGAAGUCAACGCUCGCAGAACAGACAUCACGACUGCAGAACAAACACAACAUCGAUGUCGACAUUGUUGAUGAUCUCAGAAGUUUCAUCAAAACCAAGUCUAACAUUGAAAAAGAUUAUUGCAAUCAAAUGAUUAAAUUAGUGAACAGUCAGUCAAAUAGGAAGUAUCCGACACUCGAGGCAGAGAAUGACUCACAAACCAUAUCUCUAUAUACUUCGUGGAAAACAUAUCUGGAAGAGUUGGACAAGUCGUCGAAGAAUCGUUUGGCACAAUUUGAUCAGUUGACACAAAUCUGCGACCUAUUGAAGCAAAUUAAGACCAGAAAAGUACAAAUCGCUAAAAAAUCUAUUGAUCAACACUUGAAAAAAAUGCACGAAGAAGUGUUGACAUCAGUUGCAGAGAUUGACAAAACACGUAAACUGUACUUCGAAGACGAACACAUGGCUAAACAGGCCAGAGAUAAGGAUGAAAAAAUUAAGAAACAAAAAUCCGGUAUAUUUUCAUCAUUGAGUAAAUUGCAGACAAAGAAAGAUAAGUGUUCCGCACAAAGGGAAGCAUCAGAUAUACAGUCAACUCAGGCUCGAAACGAUUACUUGAUGGCAUUGGCCGCAGGAAAUGCACAUUUAGAUCAUUAUUAUUCACUUGAUUUGCCACAACUUAUUGUUAACAUUGACGACACUGUUCUCGACAAAUGCAAAGGAUUUAUGUUAUCAUUGCUUGAAAGCGAAAUAAAUGCCAUUCAACUAACAAACGAGUCUUUAGAUAAAGCUUACCGUCUGAUUAACUCUUCUUCUGCUGAUUUUACUAACAAAGCCUUUAUGGCUGAACAACAAUCUGCGUGUUUGCGUGAAUUAUUGGUGUAUGACUUUGAGCGAUGCGAUAACGAUAACAUAGACAUCAUAUCUUUGGAUUACAACGCAGACAUUGCAUUGAGAAAUGAAGUCCAGAAAUGGUUUACUUGGUUUUCAAAAGAUUGUCGAAAUUUGAAUCGACUUUCACAACAACUAAUUAAGUGUCAAUCACUGUUAGCUGAGGGACAUAAGACUGUUGAAGUACCGAAUCAGAGCAAUCCAGUGGACAUUGAGAAUCGUAUCGAUGAUAUUAAACAACAGAUCAGAAAAUGUGAAAUUAGUAAACUUAAAGCCAAAGCUAGACUUGAUAUCAUUAAAAAUGCUGGACUUGAAAUUGAAGACUACGAAAGUUUUGAGGCACAGGUAACUACUGAAGUUAAACAACAGUCAUUAUCAUUGGAUGUGGACAUUGGUAUUGGAGUUCCAUUGAGCAGAACUCCUAGUCUCAGAAGUACUAAUAUAAGCACUUAUAGCGAUGGCGGACGCAUUUCAUCACUCGAUGGAAAUCGUUCGGAUGAUCAGCAAACAGAUACAGAUCAUUAUCAAACACCAGAACCAGAUCUGACAUCAGGCCGAUCAGGUCGUCCUGAGUCUUCGAGUUCAGACCAAUUGGAAUCACCAGAUCGUGAAUACAAAUACAGCACUUCAUCUGAUCAACAAAAAUAUAGUACAUCUUCUUUUGAUGCGCAACAGUCACAGGGAUGGACUGAUUAUGAUCCGACACAACCCGCUUGGGAAGAUGAGCCACCGGCUCAAGAGGUUAAUGAAGAUUAUGAUAAUAAUGUAGAAACUGUUGAUGAAUCCAAUAAGCAAUACAAUGCUUCAUAUGAUUACACACCACUUGAGGGACCAUUACUUGUGGGCAAAACAUGUCAGACAUUAUAUCAAUACGAAGCUCAGACUCAGGACGAGUUGAGUUUUGUGGAGAACGAAAAUAUUAUUGUUUUGGAAGCAAUAGAUAAUGAUUGGGUUAAUGGACAGAAUGAUAGAUAUAUGGUUGGUUAUGUUCCGGCCGCCUAUUUGAUGCCAAUCGGUGACGCACCUCAAGAGUUGAUGCCAUCUACUGAACCAAUUGAAGUUAUUAAUGAUAAUAAUGAUAUAGUUAUUGAAUCUACAAAUGAACUUCAAUUGUCAACCGAUGCCACACAAAGAACUCAAUCUGCAGAUAGUUUUGUAAAAGCUAUUUAUGGAUAUACCGCCACUUCUGAAGAAGAGAUGUCAUUCAGUGAAGGUGAUAUACUGAAACUCUUAAGCAAAUCUGAAGACGGCUGGUGGACGGCUGAAAAGGACGGCAUUAUCGGACACUUUCCAUCGAUGCUCGUCGAAGAACUUAAUGAAGACCGUGAUUCGGGAGCUUUUGCUGAAUCAGGAGAAAGUGGCGAAUCUGAUGUUUCAAUUGGUUCGCCGACAACACCAUUAGCCCCUCCGCCUUCAUUUGCACCCCCGAAACCAGCUUAUCUCACACCACAUCAAGUAGUUAUUAUUCAACCGACUCCUGAUGUCGAGUCGAAACCAUCACUUGGAGAUAAAAUAGAAGAAAACGAAGAGAAUAUAACUGAAUUGAAUGAAGAACUUCAAGAAGAAGCAAAUGAAGACAAUGUUGAGAUCAAUGUUAAUACAGAAUUUAUUUUAGAAAAACCCAUUCCUAGGAUUAUUGAAGAAACGUGUGGACCCAAUAUUGAUUACGACGCCGAAGAUGAAGACAAUGAUAUUCAAAUAGAUACAAAUGAUGACAAUUUUGACAAUAAUUCGGAUGAAAGUGAAGAACAGACAUCAAUUGUAGCCAUAGAUAGAGCUGUAGUUAAUGUAGAGGCCAUUGAAGUGACCGCCGGAGAGAUAUCAGAAGCAAUAACUAUGGAAGCAAUACAAGCGGCCAAUCAAUACAAUCAUGAUAUCAAUGAUUAUAAUAUCACUCUUAAUAAUGAAGUGAAUCAUCAAAAUUAUUGCAAUGAAGACUCAGAUUAUUUAGAUGAAGAAGACAACAAAUAA